AUGUCAGAACACAGCAGGAAUUCAGAUCAAGAGGAACUGUUUGAUGAGGAGAUUGAUGAAGAUGAAAUCUUGGCCAACUUGUCCCCUGAAGAGCUAAAGAAACUGCAGUCGGAAAUGGAAGUCAUGGCCCCUGACCCCAGGCUUCCUGUGGGAAUGAUUCAGAAGGAUCAGACCGACAAGCCACCCACGGGAGACUUUGACCAUAAAUCUCUUAUGGAUUAUAUGUAUUGGCAAAAGGCAUCGAGACGCAUGCUGGAAGACGAACGUGUCCCUGUCACCUUUGUGCCAUCCCAGGUGGGCACUCAAGAGCAGCAUGAAGAAAGAGACACAGGUAAUAGACACGUGUCCCACUAUUUAAAAGAAAAGCUCAACAAUGAAAUCACAGCCAAUAAAAGAGAAUCGAAAGGCAGCGACGAUGUCCAAGAACCAGAUGAGGAGGAUGGUGAAGAAGAUGAAGGAGAUGAAGAUGAUGAAGAUGAUGAGGAGGAUGAGGAGGAUGAGGAGGAUGAGGAUGAAGAUGAUGAGGAUGGAGAUGGCAGGGAAGAUAAAAAGCCGCAAAGAGGAGAGGAAGGUGAGGGAAAGGAGCAAAUCAGAAACGGCGAGAGCAGCUCCCCACAAGUAGCUAAGAAAGCAUUCGAAGAACAGAAAGACAGGCCGGAGGUCCAAGAAAAGAGCGAGAAGAAAGUAUCAAAAUUAGAUCCUAAGAAGUUAGCACUAGACACCAGUUUUUUAAAGGUAAGUGCAAGGCCUUCAGGAAACCAGACGGACCUGGAUGGGAGCUUGCGGAGAGUUAGACAGAAUGAUCCCGAUAUGAAGGAGCUCAAUUUGAACAACAUUGAAAACAUCCCCAAGGAAAUGUUACUGGACUUUGUCAACGCAAUGAAGAAAAACAAACACGUCAAAACCUUCAGUUUAGCAAACGUGGGCGCCGAUGAGAACAUCGCGUUUGCCUUGGCUAACAUGUUGCGGGAAAAUCGGAGCAUCACCACUCUCAACAUCGAGUCCAACUUCAUCACAGGUAAAGGAAUUGUGGCCAUCAUGAGGUGUCUCCAGUUCAACGAGACGCUCACUGAACUUCGGUUUCACAAUCAAAGGCACAUGCUGGGCCACCAUGCCGAAAUGGAAAUAUCCAGACUGUUGAAGGCCAACACCACCCUCCUGAAGAUGGGCUACCAUUUUGAGCUCCCGGGCCCCAGAAUGGUGGUAACCAACCUGCUCACCAGGAAUCAGGAUAAACAAAGGCAGAAAAGACAAGAGGAACAAAGACAACAGCAACUGAAAGAGCAGAGGAAGUUGAUAGCCAUGCUGGAGAACGGGUUGGGGCUACCUCCCGGAAUGUGGGAGAAGUUGGGAGGACCCAUGCCGGAUGCCAGGAUGCAGGAGUUCCUCCAACCUCCUCCUCAGCCUCCCAACCCCCAGGCAGUCCCCUUCAGUCGGCCGAACGAAAUGAUGAAGAAGCCAUCACAGCCUCCGAAGUACAGGACGGACCCUGACUCCUUCCGGGUGGUGAAGCUGAAGAGAAUCCAGCGCAAAUCUCGGAUGCCAGAGGCCAGAGAACCCCCCGAGAAAACCAACCUCAAAGACGUCAUCAGAACACUGAAGCCAGUGCCGAGAAAUAGGCCGCCCCCGUUGGUGGAAAUCACUCCCAGAGAUCAGCUCUUGAAUGACAUUCGUCACAGCAAUGUCGCCUACCUUAAACCCGUGCAACUGCCAAAAGAGCUGGCAUAAGUGGCAACAGAAUCAUCUGGAAGAGCAAGGAUCUGAGAUAAUGACUCUUGUAUCAGAGCUCGGAGACUCUUUGAGCAGCAUACUUCUGGAGCCAGGUGGUGGAAGCGGGAAUGGGCUGACAUCUGAUAGGAGAAUUUUGUAAAGGCAGAGGCAAAAUAGGGGCUGAAAAGGGAGGAGGAGAUAAAAAAAAUUACUAUUCUGG